UGUGGCGCGGUGAAAGGUUUCCUGUUGGGGUUUCCAGCCCUCCUCGUCUUCACCUAUUUAUGAAAGAAAUUGAAAAAUGAGAAUAUAAAAUAAUCGUAUUUUACCAAAUCAAACCAAAAUUAUUAAAAUUAUAAGAUACACGAAUAAUUAUCCAUAAUAUUCAAAAUCUUUGUAUAAACAAUAAUUUUGUUUUUGUGAAACUAGGGGGCUCGGGGUGGCCGAGCCCUCCGGCCCCAACAUGGCUCCGCCAUUGGUUCCCGUCUCCAAUCUGUCAUCUCUUGCCACUUGUCGCGAUGAGAGCCAUUCUCACUAAAAAUCACUUCGCUUUAUACUUAUAUAUACAGUACUCCUAUAAGAAGAUUUUGAGUGGAGAAAGAUAUUCAUUGUUGUUGUUAAUCCAAAACAAAUUGGGAAGCCCAGCCCAGUCGUAUUCCCCAGUGGGCCUUGUCCAAAAAUUCGUCUGUUGUGUGGUGUUAUCGGGAGAACAAACCAAACAAAAUACUCUAUUAGUCCCACUUUAAGUGCCCAUAUUUUCAUUGUGAGAUGUCCCAGAAUAAGGGUUCAUUUUCUAAAAAUAACAGUCCAAACAUGUCAAACUUUCAAUUUUGCACCUAAAAAGUACCAUUUUUUUUCCUAAUUGAUUUGACAGCGUUUGGUAUUCGUGUUAUUCUUUGAUUGAUAUAUUACCCAAGAGUAGAAAUAUUUCAUCGUUACUCGACAUACAUGGCAUAAGCAAAUAAGAAUUUACAUCCUUACUGAUUUCAAACAAAGAAAACAGAUAAAUUAGCAUGGAUCUCUCCAGUAGACGCAAGUCAUGUAAUCAUCUCCUGAUCCUAGGUGUAUUUCUUGUCUGACCAUUUCAUCAAAAUCGUGAUCUUAAUUGACAGGAACAUGAGACUAGGAUUGUUGAUGCUUAACCUAAUAACAUGGUUCAGGCGGAAGAGAUGCUGAUGUACUUGCAUAACUUUGAGAAUGGCUUUUGAUGAGACUGUUCUUGAGGAUCUUGAUGAUGAUUUCCGUCUUCCAAUUAGUCACAGACCAACAGAAAACGUAGAUCUUGAUAAUGUGGAACAAGCAUCAAUCGACACAAAGUUGACAUCAUCAAAUGUUGGCUUUAGGCUUCUCCAGAGGAUGGGGUGGAAAGGAAAAGGUCUUGGGAAGGAUGAGCAAGGAAUAACUGAGCCAAUAAAAUCUGGUAUGAGGGACCCAAAAUCAGGGAUUGGAAAACAAGAGGAAGACGAUUAUCUUACUGCAGAAGAAAAUAUCUAGCUAAGAAAACUUGAUAUCGAGUUAGAGGAAACGGAGGAGAUAGCAAAGAAGCGGGAGGUUAUAGCAGAACGUGAGCAGAAAAUUCAGACCGAGGUGAAAGAAAUACGAAAGGUGUUCUUUUGUGAGCUCUGUAAUAAGCAAUACAAAUUGGCUGUGGAGUUUGAAGCGCACCUGAGUUCAUAUGACCACAAUCAUAGAAAGCGUUUUAAAGAAAUGAGAGAAAUGCAUGGAACUAGCAGUCGUGACGACAGGCAGAAACGAGAACAGCAACGUUAGGAGAGGGAAAUAGCCAAGUUUGCUCAGAAUGCCGACACCCGUUAGCAGCAGUUGCUGCAGCAAGAGCAGCCAGAGCAACCUGGAAUUGCAGUGGCUUCUGUUGCAACUAGAAGUGCUACUGUACUUGCUGAUCAAGAGCAACGGAAGGCAUUAAAGUUUGGUUUUUCCUCAAAAGGUGGCACCUCCAAGGUAUCCCUUAGUUUUCAUGUUUGCGCUCAUUUAAAAAAAAAGAAGAAGUCUCUUAACUAUUUCCGUUAGGCUUUGAGGAUCCCAUGGUUAGGAUUCUGCUGAAUCCUGAGACAUUGUCAUAUUUCGGUUUGAUGGAAUUCCCUAACAAAAAACACCAUUGGAUAAUAUAGUCUGGAAAUGUAAGAUGAAAGAUAUCUGAAAUAACACCGAAAUGUCAAUUUAAGAUAGGGUUGUAUAUUUAUAUUAUUCCCAAUUUACUUGCACUCGUAAUUCUGUCGUUCAUGUUGGAAUUUAAAAAUGGAUCCCGAUGCACACUGUAACACAAAAUUUGACGUCCAUCUUUGGAAAAAUUGGAGUGAGUAUCAUUUACCUGGAUAAGGGGCCUUAUUCUAUAGCCUGGUGGCAUGGAAAGAGAUGGUUAUUGGUCUUCAUGUGUUCCAGUCUUGGGAUUAGAUGCCAUGGCCAGAGGCUUUGUUGUCUUGGGGGAAGAUGUUUGGGCGUAGACUGAUAUUAUAGAGUUCCUAUGAAUACUUUUCCAACCCUUGAGAUUUGGAAAGUGCAUUUGGAUAUGCCCGGAAAAGGAAACGUGGCGUUUCUUUCACUUUCCUUUUGUAACUUGUGGGAUUGAAG